CUGCAACGAAGCAGCUGUGGAAUAUCAAGGUGGCUGGUCACGCUAAAAUUAGGGUGGCUGGGGAAAGGCCAUAAAAGUUCACUUCUGUACAUUUUUCCAACCCAAAUCAAUAUAAUCAACUCCAUUGCAAUUAUCACUGUUCAGCAGAAGCCCUCUUUAUCCCAUCACCAUCAAUCUCAACCCGCUUUCACACAAUCACCGUCCUCACCUGACUCCACACCGAGAAUGCCUUCCAACACCUCCAACACCAACAAACAAUCAACCUCCACCUCCGAUUCUUCCACCAAAGCUUCCUCUAAUUCUUCGUCUGGUGAGAAGUCCCAGAACCAGAUGAUCAAGGAUGCGGGUUUCAGCAACAUGAACCGUUUCAUGCAGUCGUAUAACUUAAAGAUGCACGACGACGAUGAUCUUCGGGAAGCUAAGGCUAUUUUGGACGGCUUGAGAAAGGUCGAUGGGGCUGGUCGGAAGCAGUAAACAUUGCCGUGUCGAAGAUACCAAGGUGCUGAUUCUGCCAGUUCUUGACAUCGGGAUGUGUUGAUCGUGGAGGAAUUUGGCGGAUGCACCUGGGGAUUCGAAUAUCUUGGGUAUGAACAUCGUUGAGGUUUGGAGUUGUUGUCAACCGCACGGGGUCUCGCCGGUGUUCUUUGCAGGCGUAUCAAAUCGAACUUCUGCACUCCUCCUCAAUCUUUUGACAAAAUACUUGAGUGACAUCACAAACCGUUAACAUCGCACUGUGUCAUGUUG